UCAGACGCGGACUGCUCCGGGACCAGAACCCAACACUCCGCUGGAUCAUUACUGAUUAAUUAUAGAUUAGUUUGUGAUUAGGUGAUCGAUCAGCUGUGAUCGGUUUGAUUCGUUGGAGGGGAUGUCCCGGCUGCUGGAGAGCAGGAGACAGGACAGGAUGAAGGAAAUUAACCUGAAGAAUAAGGAGAAAGAGCGUCUGAAGGAACGUGAGAAGGAGGUGCGAGAGAGGGAGGCCAGGUCCAGCAACGGUCACCUGUUCACCUCCCUGACGGUGUCCUCCACCACCCUGUGCUCCUCCUGCAACAGGAGCAUCACAGCCAAGGAGGCGCUCAGCUGCCCAGCCUGUAAUGUCACCAUCCACAACCGCUGCAGAGACAGCCUGGCCAGCUGUGCCAAGAUGAAACAAAGGCAACAGAAGCUGGCGAUGGUGAGAAACAGCUCAGCCCUGCAGAAUGUCGCCCUGCGCACCAAAACCCCGAUGAUGAAGGAGCGUCCCAGCUCAGCCAUCUAUCCCUCAGACAGUCUUCGUCAGUCUCUGCUCGGGUCCAGGCGGGUUCGCUCCGGCCUCUCGCUCGCCAAGAGCGUCUCCACCAAUAACAUCGCGGGUAUGAGUGAGGACUCUGUUGGUCUCAGGAGGAUUCUGUCUCAGUCCACUGAGUCUUUGAACUUCAGGAGCAGGACACUGUCCAUGGAGUCUCUGACUGAUGACGGUGAGUGGUGGUGGAGCCCCCUGCUGGAGGAGCUGCAAGUGGAGGGCAGCUGUGUUCAGGCCGACAGCUGGAGUCUCGUUGUAGAACCAAACUUCCUGCAGACGCUUCAUAAAGACCUCAUUAAGCAACAGGAUGUGAUCUACGAGUUGAUCCAGACGGAGUUCCACCAUGUGCGGACGUUGCGGAUCAUGGAGGGGGUGUACCGGCGGGGGAUGCUGGAGGAGGUGAUGCUGGAGGCAGGCGUAGUUCACACCAUCUUCCCCUGUCUGGACCAGCUGCUGGAGUGGCACUCCAGCUUCCUGUCAGAGCUGCUGAACAAGAGGAAAGAGGGUCUGAUGGAGGGCAGCUCCACCAACUUCACCAUCCCCAAGAUUGGAGACCUGCUGCUCAGACAGUUUUCAGGUCAGUCUGCAGACGACAUGAAGAAACUGUACUCUGAGUUCUGUAGUCGACAUCCAAAAGCAGUGAAACUCUACAAAGAAGUUUCAACUCGAGACCGAAGACUGCAGCAAUUCACCAGGCGUGUCUGCCGUGGUCCUCUGCUGCGUCGUCACGGUGUCCAGGAAUGCAUCCUGCUGGUGACACAGCGAAUCACAAAGUAUCCUGUCCUCAUCCAGCGAAUCCUUGACAACACCAAAGGUAGAGAGGAGGAAGCACAGGCAUUGAGCCAGGCGCUGCUCCUCCUGAAGGAGCUGAUCAGCUCUGUGGAUAAGGAAGUGCUGGAGCUAGACCGAACCAGGAGGCUGCAGGAGAUUCAGGCCCGUCUGGACCCCCGGGCCCAGGCAGAGGUUCGGGGAGGAGGUGUGUUCAAAGGAGGAGAGCUGCUGAGGAGGAGGCUCCUCCACGAGGGGACGCUCCUUUGGAAGGUCCAGGGCUCCAGGAUGAAAGAUGUGCAAGUCCUGCUGAUGUCAGACAUCUUGGUUUUCCUUCAGGAGAAAGAUCAAAAGUUCACUUUCGCAUCACUGGACAAGUCUCCAGUAGUCUCUCUGAAUAACCUGAUCGUCAGAGACAUAGCUAAUCAGGAGCGAGGGAUGUACCUUAUCAGUGCCUCCACCCCUCCAGAGAUGUAUGAGCUAUACGCUUCGUCCAAAGAUGGCCGCAGGACCUGGAUGAGCCGCAUCCAGCAGGCCGCUCUCAGCUGUCCAUCCAGAGAUGAAUUUCCUCUCAUCGAGACUGAAGACAAAGCUUUACUGCGCAGACUCAGAGCUGACAUCCAGCAGAAGGACAGGGAGGUGCUGGAGCUCCUGCAAGAGCGAGUCACUUUGUUUUCUGACCUGGUGGAGGCAACAGGAAGAGGAGGAAGUGAAGAAGAAGGAGGUAUUGAGCUGAGCACGUCCUCCCCCAGGACCACCACGUCCUCCUCCUGCAGGAACCUGUUCAGAGCUGACACUCCUCACGCUCCACAGGCCGAGCCACUCCUCACCGCCUCCAUCACUGAAGUGGACAGACUGACUGAGCUGCUGCUGGACUCCAACAUCCAGAAAUCCACUGUAACCAACGGCAACCAGGAGCUCAACAAUGGUGACUCUGGUUCUCUGAACGGUCCUUUAGAGCUGAACAGCAGCUCCACGAAGGACAGGAACGGUAACCAGCUGCAGGAACGAACCCUAAACGAGGAAAUCCGUCAGCGAUUGGUCAGUCUGAGCACGCAGCUUUAUGCUCUGCAGGCUGCCGUGAUUCGUCAGGACUCAAUCCUGGAGCUAGCAGCUAGAAAAGACCCCGACCCCGGGCCCCGCCUCAGUCGCUCGAUGUCACGGGACGCGGGGCUCGACGCCGGCGGAGAGGCCUUGCUGCUGCGGCGACAGGUGGAACUGCUGCAGGAGGAAGUGACAAGGCUGCGUCUGAGGGGGGAGGACCCAACCAGAGAGGAGGCGGGACCUGGAAGCAGGAAGAAGAGUAACGGAGAGAUCAGUGAUGUCAUCAGAGGAGAACAGGUGAGCCAGAGGCGUAGCAGCAGGGAGCUGGAGCCCCGCCCCCUUGCUCCAUUGGCCUGCCAGGAUCCAGUUGACCAGGAAGAAGACAAGGAGGAAGAGGAGGAAGUGAUGAGGAUCUCUCCACGUUCUGACAGCCCCAGAGACCUGCAGGACAUUCCAGAGGAGAGCGAGUGUGGAGCUGAUCCCAGUUAACAUCACACCUACACCUGAUGACCUCAGGGACGUCUGCUGAUGUCACCAUGAUGUCACUGUGGUGUAGCCGCGUCAGUCGCUGUCAGACUGUGAACUGAAGCCGAAAGAAGUCGGAGAUGAUGUCGUUCCCUUUUGACCAAAUCGCACAUCAGGUCGUCGUUUUGUUCCUGAAAUGCUUUCUGAAUGUCGCUGUUAGGUUAGAAACGGGAAGUACAACCAUGUGACCUGUUUACCUUAUCACGUCAGCUGGAGCCCCGCCCUCUGGAUGCUGGGAGGGGCGGGGCUUUGUAUUGGAGGGGUUGAAUUGAAAAGCUCAUUGGACACAUUAAUGGUCACCACACUACAUUUCACAGAACGCCUGCAGUCACCAGCUGCUGUGCUCAGUUUACAUGCUGUAAAACUGAAGGGGGUUCAGGAUGGGGGGGUCUUAAUCCCAUUUAGGUGAUGUGUCCAUUGCAGUUUGGGAUUCAGUUCUAAUCUGUUAUGAUGUGUGUUCCAAACACAGAUUUCUCAGUAUAAAUUCUAUUUAUAUGGUAUCUUAGAAUAAGUAGUUUAACAUUAGAAACGUGAGAUUUUGUCGGAUCAGAAAAGUCCAAAACAGUAAAAUUUGUGUUUCUGUCAUAUGUGAAACCAAAAAACAUGUUUUUAAGUUUGGGAAUUUCUAAGUUUACAGAAAUCUUUCCAGAAUUAUGACUUUGGCCGCUGAACAAGCGACCGAGCAGAAAGCGGCAGAUUGAGCUCCCCCAGCCUCGUAGGUAGAUUCAGGGUGGCUGGGGGGUCGCUUUACGGCUGGGGGGUGGAUUAUAUAUUGAGUAGUAGAUGAGCGAUGUUUUAAAGAAACAGGAAGCUGUUUUCUGUCUUCCUGUCUGCUGUAUGUUAGCAUGUUAGCAUGUUUCCUUUCUACUCGUAUAGAACCUGAUUAUGUCUUACUGGGUGGUUUUUACCAGUUUGUUUAAGGAGGUUUUUUUAUUGACAUGCUGAACACGUCGACUCCUUUCUGACGUUAUUUUAACCAAAACACUUCAAUCUGCCGAGCAGAAUUUUCUGUACAGCCUGAUGAAGGACGGCAGAGUAUCUGCCGUCAUGGUUCACGUGUCUAAAGAACAGAAACUUGAGGUCAGAAUCGUUUCAUGUGUGAAAUAAGUUUAACUUCAACCUCUGCGGCAGAUUUGACAAAUAUCACAUUAUUAACUUGAAUAUAUUAUGGAUGAAGGAAUCUGAAAUACUGUUGCCAUGGAAGCAGGGACACCGCUCCCUCUCUACUGACUGAUGUUUGUCCUGUGAAGAAAGAUGAUGCUGAAUGAUUUGAUCAUGGCUGCUGGCAGAGUGACGAUGAUGAUGAUGAAGAUGACGAUGAUGUCUCAGUGUGACACUCUGAUUUAAAGUAAAAAACUAUGUGAGCGUCACAUCUGAGAUGAAAUAUUUUACUAAACAAACUCUUCAUCGUCCACGUGAACGAAAAAUCAAACCGACAGUUAAAGAUCACAUGAUACAAAAACACCCAUCACACCUUCUCAUGUCAGAGAAAAAUACUCCACAUCGAAAACACCCAGAAUGAAUGAAUACAGUACAAAUACAAUAAAACAAUUGUUUACACAGAAAACUGAGUCUGCAGCUGAAAACAAAUAUUAAUCCAACGUCUCUUCAUAAGAUCAGAUGUUAUUAUGAGUUUUUCACUGUAUAUUUAUAGAAAUGUGGAUUUUAGAACAAUGUGUUUGUUAUAGUGAUCGUUUCUGGUGUUUUUGUAUCGUGAUCAACUGCAGAUCUUUCCAACCUUCUUGUCUAAAGAGUCUUUAGCUGAAGAGAAAUUUGAGGACUUGAAUCAGUUCGUUCUAUUUGAAAAUGUCAGUGCACACAACAUGUACAGGUGACAGCUGCACGGACUCGUCCAGGAUCGGUCGCUGCUGCAGGUGAGGCGUUCAGGUGGUGACUGAUUGAUUGACAGCAGCUCCAGUUUCAGACUGAGCUCAGUUUCAUCUGAUCUGGAGUCAGAAACACAGCAGCUUCUUACUUUAAUGUUGUCUGACUGAAGUUCGUGUCUGUAUAAAGAUUUGAUCAGAAAAGUGUAAAUUAUUUUGUUGUAAUUUUAUUGUUUUGAUGCUCGACUCUGUGUGCUCAUGAUAAAUCUAAUCAGCUGGAGAAAAUGUUGCUGCUGUUAUUUCUGAAGACUGAAACCUGAUAAAAGUGAUAAAAACUGAAGAGACUCAAUGAAUCACUGCGCUGAAAACAACAUUCACACUUCAGAAAACCAACCUCAAACUAUAAAAAUGAGGACAUCUUUAAAUGUACAGUCUUAUUCAGCCCUCGUCUCUAACAUUA